AUGAAUCAUAACUACGAGAGGUUCCAGUCUCCUCGUCCUGAGACGCCAGAGCCGGGUUCGCGACAAGGACGAAGAAAUGCGGCUCCUGAUGUCCAGCUCCUGGACGACGAUGGUGCUAUUUCAGAGCAGGUACGGUCUGAUCCCCUUAAAUUUAAUGGGGUUUGCUUGAGUGUUUUAUUGUUUCUACAGUUGGAGAUCUGUCUGAAGCACAUCUUCGCGAAGUACUGCACUCCUCCUGCAGCAGGCCUCGAGCACGCUGGGAAAGGCCUCGUACUGAUGACUCCCCCGGAAGGAGCGUAUUUAUCGGAAGAGGGACUUGAUGCUUGGGCCAAAGACACCAAUGGUGUGCCGUUUUCUGAGGAGACGAAGGAAGAGCUCAGGCAGUUCCUGGAUGUCACUGACAAUGGCGAUCUGACGUUCAAAGGGUUCCUGCAAAUAUAUCAAUUGCAGACGGAGAACGAUGAGGAAGAGACCUGGCGAGACCUUUCUAGUCAUGGAUUUGAUCGAACGCUAAGGCUUGUAUCAAGUCGCCGCGAAGAGCUGGAAGACAGCAAUCAUACAUUGUAA